UAAAACCUUCUUAUUAACUGGUGCGACUGGAUUUCUUGGCGCACAUAUUUUAAAUAUUCUCUUGAAUACAACAUCAUCAUAUAUAUAUUGUUUACUUAAAAAGAAAAGUAAUAGAACUCCCAAAGCUUCUCUUAAGCGUGUUUUUUUGCGAAAUAAUCUUGAUACUUCUUUAAUAGAUUCGGACAAAUUAAUUGCUAUUUAUGCUAACCUUUCGGAACCUCAUUUUGGUUUAAUGGAAUAUGAAAAUUUAUCGCAAAAAGUAACUACGAUAAUACAUGGUUCCACUUUUGCUAAACCUGGAGCACCUUUAUCUGUUUAUGAAAAUUCUAUACUUGGAACUGCAAAUUUAUUACUUUUUUGUGCAAAAAAAGAAUUUCAUUUCAUAUCAAAUAUUGACGCUUGUGUUAAUGGUCCUUGGGAUUAUGUUCCAGAAGGAAUCUUACCUUUGAAAGCAUCAAUUACUAAUAUGGAUGGUUUUGGACUUUCAAAAUUAGCCACUGAAACAAUUAUUACAAACACUUUUUAUUAUUUAUACCUUGAACGUACAAGCAUUAUAAGAACAGGUCAAAUUUCUUCACAUACAGAAACUGGUGUAUGGAAUCCAAAUGAAUGGGUACCCUUAAUUUUAGGAAAUGCUGGAUUAACAGGAAAAAUGCCAACAUUCGAAGCAAAUUUAGAUUGGAUUCCUGUGGAUAUAGCUUCAAAAUCUAUUGUAGAUUUAAUAACUCGUGACACAUCUUUUAAUAUUGAAGUAUUUCAUAUUUCAAAUCCAAAACCAACAAUAACUUGGGAACAAUAUUUAGAUAAACUUAAAGAAUUUGGAAUGAAAUUUACGAGAGAAGAAUUAUCAAUUUGGUUAGAAAAUUUAUGGAAAGAUGUAGAGAACGAUUUAUGUGACAAAAAUUUAUGCUUAUUAUUAACAAGACAUUUUGAAAACAUGACCAUAAAUGACUCUCAAAAAUCAAGAGCACUAUUGGAUUUGACAAGUACUCAAUCACGUACAUCUUUAUUAUCAGAAUGUCCUUCGUUGUUGGAUGAAGAUAUAAGAAAAAAUAUUAUUAAAAUAAAUAUUGAUUGGUUAAGAAGUACAGGGUAUUUAUCAGAGACGACAUUACAUCUAAAUUCUUUGCAACCAAGAUCAAAAUUCAAAUUACGAAAUAAUUUAAAGAAUGUAGAUCAAGGAUUAUGGGGUUGGUUUACUAUUAUAGUACCUCUAAUGGUAUUCUUCUUCGUAAUUAAUAUUUUAUGGAAUAUAUUAUCCGAGAAUUUUUUACAAGUCACUUUUAUUUCGGGAUUUUUUGUUGCAGCCGUUUUUAGUGAUGACUCAGCAAAUAAUAGAAAUGAACCUAGGACUAAUAAAAAAAGAGUUGCAUUCAGAAGAAAGAUUAAAAAAUUUUAA